UGAAAUUUGUACUGCUUGUAUAUCUUGCUAUCGUAUUUCCUCUUUGAACUUUCUUUUCUUGUGUUAUAUUGUUGCUGUUUUUAGAUUCAGUUGUGUGUUGUUAAUCACAUUUGGAAUCAAGAUAUUAGCGAGUUUAAAGAGUAGAAUUUUCUCCUGUGUUUGAUAUAAUUCCAGAUUCAUGGAGAAGCAAUUAGUGUAUUGCAUAUUUGUGUUGUUGUUGAUACAAACAUGCCAUGUCCAAGCUCAAAGAUCUGUUUUGGAUGAUUCUGUUUCAGAGCCUAAUGUCAAAUCCAAUCUUACAAGUUCACUAGAUAAUGGAUCAUGGAGUGUAAUCCAAAAUGCUGAUGCGUUAACUUCAACACAACCUAACCCAGAAACUUUAGAGCACAGUUCGCUAGAUGAUACAUUUGAGACCCUUUUCACAGGCCUCUACAUUGCUGUUUUGGGAAUGAUGGCUGCUAGAGCAAUCUUUCAGAUUAUAUACAAGGCUUCAACUCUUGCAAAAGUCUGCAGAGUGAAAAAAUUGCUGCCACCAAAGUUGAAAUCAGUGGAUAUAGAAAUGGGUGUAAAGUCAGAGCUUGUGGGUGAUGGUGCUUGCAAUUGCAAGCCAAUUUUGUAUUCCCUGGAAGUGACACAGAAUUUCAGCCCUGUGUCUCAUAUUGGAGGCUCUGUUUACAGAGGCACAAUCAAUGGCAGAGAAGUUGUUGUCAAGAAGAUGAAUGGGGAUGUGUCUCAUGAGUUGAAGUCCUUGCAGAAGGUGGAGCAUGAAAACUUGGUGAAAUUGCAGGGCUUCUGCAUGGCUUCUGGGGGGCAAAACUACUUGAUAUAUGAGUAUGUUGAGAAUGGGUCCUUAGAUUUGUGGCUUCACAAGGCAUCUGGUGUGCUGAAGGUGGGUUUCUCUGUUCUUUCAUGGAGAACAAGAUUACAGAUUGCUCUGGAUGUAGCAACUGGGCUUGACCACAUUCACGAGAAGAUAGGCAUUGUUCACAGAGAUUUGAAGAGCAGCAAUGUCUUUCUCAAUAGGAAUCUCAGGGCUAAAAUAGCAAAUUUUGGGGCUGCAAAAUAUUGGAUGAAUCCAGCAACUAAACAUAAAGAAGACACAGAAGGAUACAGAGCCCCUGAGUAUAGUGCUGCGGACUUGGUGUCUCCAAAGAUUGAUGUAUUUGCAUUUGGGAUUGUGCUUCUGGAGUUGAUCCGUGGUAAGCAAGUGACAGUGAAGGUUGGAACAGUGAAUCUUUUAUGGCCACAAAUAAGGAGCUUGGUGGAAGGUCAUGACAGAGAAGAAAAGCUAAGGAAAUGGAUAGACCCAAAUGUGCAGGACACAUGCUCCAUAGACAGUGUUAUGAGCCUCACCCUCAUUGCCAAAUCAUGCCUAGAGGAAACAGUUGAAGCUAGACCCACCAUGGAAGAAGUUGUUUACAAGCUUUCAAAUCUUUUGGAUGUGUGUUUUGAGCAUUUAGAGUGUCCAUGAUAGCAGUUUGUGACUCAGUCUUUUUCAUUACAAUGCUAUGUUCACCAUGAUAAUUUAGGUUCAAUAGUGUCUCUCUGUAAUGAUCCAUUGAUUAUACAAGGUGUAAUUUGAGAGAUGAUAA